AUGCGUGCCCUCAAGGGCACUGUAGGCCUAGUAUCCUGGAUUGCUCUCGUGGUUACUUCCUCCAGAUCUGCAGAUUUCUGUGGCGAGUCUGGUGAGUCUUCCUUGCUGCAACUCUCACCAAAGCAGGCAUGCACACCGAUCGCAUACCUGAAAACGCACAAGACUGGAAGCUCCACUAUGCAGAGCAUCCUCCUGCGCUUGGCCGUUCGACGUCGCAUGGAGAUAUUCUGGCCUGACUGCUCCGGUGAUUUCAAUUAUCCCAGUCACUUCCCCGGUCCCAUGGCAGAGAAAGUUCCAGCGAAUCACCAGUUCGACAUGAUCUUGCACCAUGCUGUCUUGAACGUCUCAGCCUUUCGAUCCUACCUGAAACCCUCUGCCUUCUUUGUGACGGUGCUCCGAGAGCCUGUGAGCCAGAUGACCAGCGUUUUCAACUGGUACCGGAGAUUCUACAACUGGGCCUCGCUGGAUGAGUUCAUCGACUAUCUCGCAACGAGUCCUGAGGAGCAGCAGAGGCCCCGGCGCAUAGGUCGCCACCUGGGGAUCGCCCGUAACUUCCAGGCCCGGGACUUGGGCUUCUACGAAUCCGGGGGUCGGGCCAACUCCACUGACGCAGAGGUGGCUUCCUGGAUCAAGUCCCUGUCUGAUGUUUUUUCCUAUCCGUCGACGGGGCUCGUGGUGAUCAAGGAGCGCUACGAUGAGGGCUUGAUCUUGUUACAGCAGGCACUCAGAGUAGACCUUGAAGAUGUUUCCUACAUGGCCAUGCGUGUGCAAGAUGCAAGCAGCACCAAGUACGAAGAGCCCACAGCUCGUCAGUCCAGGCGAAUUCGGGAUUUGGCCAACAUCGACGCACAAGUUUAUGAUCACUUCAGGCAAACUUUCGAGGCACUUUGGGAGGACAGAAGGGGCUCCGCCAAGCUAGACGAUAGCAUCGGAGAGCUGCGGCAGGUCAAUGAUAACCUUACGACGUCCUGCAGAGAAAGCAAUGGCUCCCAUUGCGAGCUUUUCGUCGAAGACCUCCCUGAGCUCAGAAACAUGGUGAGGCAGAAGCUUGGAUUGGAAACAUGUGCGCGACCAGGCAAGGUUCAUGCGCAGGACCACGAGUACAUGCUGUCAGCGCUUUGA